AAAAAGAGAAUGUUACGCUGACACCAUAAAACCACAGCUCACCUCAGAAAAGUCUUCUCACUCUCGUUUUCUGUCUCUUUAAACCUCGCCGGAACAUUUAUUGAUGUCCAUCGUAAAAUACCGCCAAGUCAUCCACCUCCAUUUUUUAAUUGAAAUUUCUAGUUUUUUCCCCACUGUUCUUUUCAUGGUGGAAGAGGACGACGUCGUUCCCAAGACCUUCCGAGCUCUUGUGGAGAGCGCGGACCGUAAAUUCGCGCGAGUCCGUGACUUCCCGUCAUACGGACGGGCACAAGGACAACAUUAUUUGCAGAAAGUAUUCAAAGCUUACAUGACAUUAUGGAAGUACCAGCAAGACAACCGAACGGAGCUUGUCAAAGCCGGUCUGAACAGGUGGGAGAUUGGCGAGAUUGCCGGUCGGAUUGGCCAGCUGCAACAUUUCGGACAGUACACGAGGACGAGCGAGGCUAGGUUUCUGGUCGAAGCUUACAUUUUCUAUGAAGCGAUUCUGAAGAGGAGGUAUUUUGAAGGGUGUGAUGAUAUCGGAGUCCGGUUUAAGGAGUUGAGAUUUUACGCCCGGUUUUUGCUCGUUUUGCUGAUUUUGAACCGGACCGAGAUGGUGAAGGUUGUUGUUGAAAAGCUCAGAGCUCUUGUGGACGACUGCAACGCUAAUUUCCGGGAAACAAACUUUAAAGAGUGGAAACUAGUAGUGCAAGAAAUUGUUCUCUUUAUGAAUGCGGAUACAAAUUUCACAAUUCCAACUGUUAGGCCAUUUAGGUACCGUGCCAUGUUUGACUGUCAUCCAAUUCUAAAGUUUCGAGAUGCAAUCCUGAUGAGUUAUCACUGGAAUGAGGUCAAAUUUGCUGAACUUACUCUGGAUGCAUAUAGAAUGAUGCAAUGUUUAGAGUGGGAGCCCAGCGGAUCAAGUUACCAAAAGCAUCUGGCUGAACCAAAGGAGAAUGCUGUUGCAAUUGAUUAUUCUGGAACUUCUGGACUGAUAGAUAUGAACUUGGCUGCGGAAAUGACUGAUCAAACCUUACCUCCAAAUCCUAGGAAGGCUAUUUUGUAUCGACCCUCUGUAACACAUUUUGUAGCAGUUAUGGCUACAAUUUGUGAGGAGCUCCCUCCAGAGAGCAUUAUACUAGUUUAUCUAUCAGCCUCAGGGAAGCCUAGUCAUAUCAAUUCUUCUCCGGUAGAAACUUCAGGAGGAUCUAAGCGAACAACCCAAAACAAACUUGUUUCUCACAAUUCCCUAGAACAUAAUUUUUCUGCACCUGAACCCCACACUAAUGGCAAGGAAGAGUCUAGUGACCAUUACGAUGAUCAUCUGUGCUUAGGUCCUAAAGGAAAUGGUGGUUCAAGUAACCUCUAUUUUUUUUUGAAAUUUUGUCAACUUAAAAAUGGAAUUAGUUUUAAUUAUAAUAAAAAAAGAAGGCAGUUAAAACACAAUUUGAAGGUCUUACAUGGUGCAGAAAGAGGAGAGAAAGCUGCCCUACUGCUUUCGCCGUUGAGAGCAAUGUUUAAGGACCCAUCUCAUGCCGAUAUUACUCAGAAUGGAAGACAGUUUACCUUUUUCUUGACUGCCCCUCUACAAGCAUUCUGCCAAAUGGUUGGCUUCACCUUGUCCUAUAGUACUAUAGAAGUUUUAAAUACUGCUGAAAACAUAUUAUUUACUGCUUUUUCCAAGUGGGAAAUGAUUCUCUGCAAAUCUCCUAGCCUGGAUCUAGUUUGGGCGCAAGUUUUAUCCGAUCCUUUCUUAAGGCGGUUUAUUGUUAGAUUCAUAUUCUGUCGAGCCGUUCUCUAUGCCUUCUGCCCUCCGGAAGAGAGUGAUCAAUAUCUUCCUGUUUGCCUACCACAACUUCUGACAUCUUUGUCACCAAAGGCUGAUGCUGUGCAGUCGUCUGUCAGGCAGCUUGCAACUCACCUGAAAGUUGCCGACUGCUUUCACUUCGAAGACACGAAAAUAGGACCAUAAGUUGGUUAGGACUGUAAUAUAAAUUGUGCCUUUCUGAUAGGAAGCUUCAUUGAAUAUAUAUAUAUAUAUAUAUAUAUAUUAUGGUACAGUAGAUCCUGUAGUUUCAUCAUCAGUUGGCCAUUAUAGGUACUCAAAAGGUACACGAUUGCUAAGUGAGGCUUAAACAGCGCAUUAUGGAGGAAUUUGAUGGAGCAUGGUUGCUUCGGCUUCUUUAAUUGCCUACACACCUUGCAGGUAUGCAUGAACAUACAUAGCUGGCUUAAGUCUUCAGGAAUGCAUUGAUGUAUAUGAUAUUUGCUGUGGUGCAUGUUAGAUAGAGCCUUUUCUGAUUUGUGUUAUAUUCGUUUUUC